AUGACAGAGAAAACAAAGUACAACGAAGACACGGUGGCAGUGUGGAAACUACCGUUAGCAGACGGUAUUCAUGAAAUAGAAUUUGAACACGGGACAGCAACUGGUAAAAGAGUUAUUAGAUUGGAUGGAAAAAUAGUGAGACGAAAAGACUGGAUGUUUCGAUUAGUCGGAGAUGAAGUUUUUGAUAUAGACAAGAUACAAUGCACUAUCAAAGUAGAACCAGAUGGAUUGUUUAUGUACACAUACGAUUUGUUGGUUGACGGAAAGAGCUUGGAAGAUUUUUGCGAAUACAUUUCAAAAAAUCGAUCUACCUGGUUAAUUACUACAGACAAUGGAGUUGAAAAUCGAAUUAUUCUCGAUAAAGCCACUAUGGAUAUUUUUGUAAACGGAACUCAAGUUACAGAUGCAAUGUCUGAAUUCAUUGAAAACGGGACAGAAACACAUUUUGCUGUUGGUGAAAUGUUAGUAACAAUACGCACUGAACAUAGUUGUGAUAAAAAAAUUGGUGUCGUGCACAGUCUAUUUGUGAAUGGUGUUAUAGUUUCAGAACUAUAA